UGAUGUUUGUCUGAUGUGUUAUUUCCCAGGAUGCAGCGGGAGCGUGCGGAUCUGGAGCAGAACUUCGCCCGGGAGAUCGGGAACCUCGUGAAGAGUCUGAGAGACGAGAAGGACGAGCUGGAGGCGGAGCUGCAGCUGAAGAUGGACCGCGAGACGAUGCUGCUCAGGGAGGAGGAGACGCAGCGCAACGAGGAGCAGAGAGCAUUCUGGGAGAACCGGCUCGACCAAUCAGAGCAGGACAAGAAGAGACUGGAGGAGCAGCUCGACCAAUCAGAGCAGGAUACGAAGAGCCUGAAGGAGCAGCUCGACCAAUCAGAGCAGGAUACGAAGAGCCUGAAGGAGCAGCUCGACCAAUCAGAGCAGGAGAAAAAGAGACUGAAGGAGCAGCUCGACCAAUCAGAGCAGGAGAAAAAGAGCCUGGAGGAGCAGCUCGACCAAUCAGAGCAGGAGAAAAAGAGACUGAAGGAGCAGCUCGAUCAAUCAGAGCAGGAGAAAAAGAGACUGGAGGAGCAGCUCGACCAAUCAGAGCAGGAGAAAAAGAGACUGGAGGAGCAGCUCGCUAUUUUAAUGGAAGCUGUGCACGACUCACAUCUGCUCCUCAGCCAAUCAGAGGCCAGCACACAGGAGGUGAGAAGGAGGUGUAAAGAUUUAGAGGAGCAUCUUAAAGCUUCUAGAAGGAGGUGCGAGGAGGAUCAGAGGAGGUGCGAGGAGUUAGAGGAGGAUCUUAAAGCUUCUAGGAGGAGGUGCGAGGAGUUAGAGGAGGAUCAGAGGAGGUGCGAGGAGUUAGAGGAGGAUCUUAAAGCUUCUAGGAGGAGGUGCGAGGAGUUAGAGGAGGAUCUUAAAGCUUCUAGAAGGAGGUGUGAGGAGUUUGAGGAGCGGCUGAAGGAGGCAUGCCGUCAGCUGGAGGAGAGCAUUGUCUUCCUGGAGUCUCAGGAGCUCCUAAACAAACUCCUGGAGGAGGAGGUGCGGGAGACGAGGAGCAGGGAGGAGGAGCAGAACCUGCACGAGUGCGCCUCCUCCUCGCUGACGGAGGAGAAAGAUUCCCUGAGGAGAGACCGCGCCCGGCUGAUCCAGGAUCUGAAGGAGCAGGCCAUGGCUGUGGAUCACCUGCAGGAGGCGCUGGACGGGAGGAGGAGCGACGAGGAGGCGCUGCAGGAGGAGGUGCUUCGUCUGAACCAGGAGAACAGGAGCUACUCAAGACUCGCUGAUCAGCUGUCACAGCAGAUAGUAGAGAUGGAGGAGGAGAUGAGGAAGAAGGAGGAGAGGGAGGAGGAGGAGAAGAGGGAGGAGGAGGAGAGGAGGAAGGAGGAGAGGGGGGAGGAGAAGAGGAGGAAUGAGGAGAGGGAGGAGGAGGAGAGGGAGGAAAAGAUGAGGAGGAAGGAGGAGAUGAAGAUGUUUGAGGAGGAGAUGAGGGGGAAGCAGCAGGAGUUUGAGGAGGCGAAGAAGGAGACGCAGCAGGAGUUUGAGGAGGUGAUGAGGAGGAGGCAGCAGGAGUUUGAGGAGGCGAAGAAGGAGACGCAGCAGGAGUUUGAGGAGGUGAUGAGGAGGAGGCAGCAGGAGUUUGAGGAGGCGAAGAAGGAGACGCAGCAGCAUCUGGAGGAGAUGGAGGCUCUGGUUCUGGCUCUGGAGGAGGUGAUGGACUCCUCCUCUCCUCACAGGUUUGUGGAGCAGGAGGAGAAACCUGGAAUGAAACACUAACUCCUCUGAGGAGGUGACUAACUGCAUCCAUCAUGCGAAAGAACUGCAGCCCCCACAAUGCACUGCUCUAACUGUGACCUCAUCUCUAACCCAAUGACAGCAUGCAGAGUUAAUACGCCUGCUUUUAUGACAUCACAACGUUUCCUUUGAUCUCUGCUUUGAUGUUUGAGAUCCAACAGGAGAUCAUUAAGAUGAUGACGCUUUUCAGGAGAUGGAAACAAAUCACAUUUAAAUCAUUAUAAUCAUUUCUUAAAGUGGAUUUAUCCUGCCGUGUUGGAAACAGAUCGUAGAGCCAUGCCUGUGACGUAUUAAUACCAAACAGAUCACCCAUUGUAGCCAUGCCUCAUACCCCUCUAUUCCAGCCCUGUUCCAAACAGGCUGAUUCUGCUGCUAGCCGCGCCCCUUUGUAGCUGCUGCUAGCCACGCCCCUUUGUAGCUGCUG